UGGACAAAAUUUGUCGGCGUUGAUCCUUGUGCGGCAAUAGCAAAAUAUCGCCCACUAAAAACCGUGUUGGAGGAAGGAAAUAAAAGUAUGACAGUCUCAAAACUGGUACAAAAAGUAAGGAAACGCGCAGGAGACAACCGUUCCCACAGCGGUGGAUAUAGUACUGGAUACGAUGGAAAGAAUCCCCAAAUAAUUCGAUGCGGCAAUGAAGUUUUCCAAAUUAUUGUUGACAUUACUCCCGAACCGGAUUUUGCGCGCAAAAACGGAUUUCACGCCUGUGUAACAAAUAAUCUGGCUACACAAUGUCCAAAAGCAACCCAAAAAAGUGUUUGGAUGCUAUGUACCGGGCCGAAUCCCUUAAGGUCGAAGAUAUUUGCCGCCGGUGUCCAUAUGGUUUCGUGCAUCCCGCCGGGCAUAUCGUGCAGCAUCUCGCUGCCCUCCCCGUCGGCAUCCUCCACCUUGAUGUCCCCCAUCCCGAAGCCGUCCCCCGGGGGCGCGUGCAUCCCGCCCAGCCCCAUGUCCAUCCGGUUGUCCAUCUCCGGCGGACCGCCCCGCUUCCCGGACCCGUUGACGCCAGGAGCUGUGCAGGGUUGA